AUGGGUAGGCAGAAACCUCAGGAAGUUCAACAUAGGGAAAUGCAAAAACAAUUGCUGAAGAACAAAAAACCCAAGCACCAGUACAUACUGUGGGCCAAUCAGCUGGAAAGCAUCUUCACAGAAAAGGACCUAGUGGACAAGCUGAUCGCUGAGGAACAAACUAGCAACGCUCCUCGUAGAAAAGGCGGAUGUAAUUUCUUGUUUCUUUCUUGUUUUACAGUGAAUAACCCUAUACCUUCCAACCUGAAGUCAGAAGCUAAAAAGGCAGCUAAAAUAUUAAGAGAAUUUACAGAAAUAACUUCCAGGAAUGGACCUGAUAAAAUCAUACCUCCCCAUGUAAUAGCUAAAGCCAAAGGCCUUGCAGUUUUGUCUGUUAUCAAAGCUGGAUUUUUGGUGACUGCUCGAGGAGGAAGUGGGAUUGUAUUAGCUCGUCUUCCAGAUGGAACCUGGUCUGCUCCUUCUGCAAUAGGAAUUGCUGGCCUUGGUGGUGGAUUUGAAAUCGGAAUUGAGGUUUCAGACUUAGUAAUAAUAUUGAAUCAUGAGAGGGCCGUAGAAGCUUUUGCCAAAGGAGGCAAUCUUACCCUUGGAGGAAAUCUUACUGUGGCAAUUGGACCUCUGGGGAGAAACUUAGAAGGGGAUGUUGCUUUGAGAAGCUCUGCUGCUGUCUAUACGUACUGCAAAUCUCGAGGACUAUUUGCAGGGGUAUCUCUGGAAGGAACUUGUUUAAUUGAAAGGAAAGAAACUAAUCGCAAGUUUUAUGGACAGGAUAUUCGUGCUAGUUCGAUCUUAUUUGGUGAUGUGCCUUUUCCUCCUCAAGCAGACGAUCUUUAUGAAACUCUGGCAUCCUUCACUGAAGUAUAUGAAAAUGAAGAGCAAAGAGGAAAAGCUGUAAAUGACCCACCUGCUAGACCCUCUUCGAGACCAGAGCCACAUAAGCCCUCUGCUAGGCCAACACCACCAGCCAAAAAGAAUUCAAACAAGCUUUAUCCCGAACUUCCAAAUGAUUAUGGCUCUGUGGGUAAUUCUUGCAGCAGUCCAGUGGAAGUGACAGCUCUUUAUUCAUUCGAAGGACAACAGCCAGGUGACCUGUCUUUCAAAGCUGGAGACAAAAUCACAGUCACAACCAAAACAAAUUCACAGUUUGAUUGGUGGGAAGGAACAAUAGGAGGACAAACUGGCAUCUUUCCCGCCAAUUACGUUGCCAUAAGUAAUGACUAAAUUUGUAUAGAAGAAAAUGUUGAAGCAAUAAUAUGCUUAUACACAAGCAUGUAUUUUAGCUUUUCAGAUUUAUCAAAAUGAGAUUCCUGAUCCUAUUCCAACACAAAACCAAAAUGUGUUAAAUGACAUUCACUUUACUCUAAAAUUCUUUCUUAAAUAAACAUUAGGUAAUAAUUUAUGAUGAAGAUUUAUUUUUGAAUAGGUUGCCCAAAAAUGAUAUUACAAUUUGUGUCUACUUUCAGCUCUCUCUUGCU